UUGGAUGUGCUAAAACGCUACGUUCGGUCUGUCUACCGUCCCCAAGAAUUUCCUUCAAGCCUCCAACGUCUUUAUGCAACCACACCAGAGGAAUGCAUUCCCGAAUUCUUCACUGAUUGCUCUAUCUUCUCUUCCAUCCACCCUGACAUGCCUGACCUCCAACUUCCCGAUUGGUUUCAGGGAACACCAAGUGAUUUUCUCACUUACCAUCGCCGUGUUCUUGAGUGUGACGCAGUUUCUUCCAAUCUUCACUAUUGGAUUGAUCUCACUUUUGGCUAUAAACUCAUCGGGGAGGCUGCUGCCACUGCUAAGAAUGUGCAUCUUGAACUCGUUUCACCAAAUCCACCCUCAAACAGCCGUGUGACAUGCCUUUUCUCCCUUCCUCAUCCACGAAGAGUCACUGCCUCUACUCCUCCAGAAGACCUAAUUUCCAUCUACGAAGAAAUGUACGACUUUUUUUCAAAAAUUUGCUCAGAUCUUGAAGAUCUUGCUUGUCUAAUUACUGAGGUUUCCGUUGGGAUAACUAUCCCCGCUUCUUUUCCACUAAUUGACAAUGUCAACAGCCAAUCUAGAUUGAAACGAGCGCGCCAAUUUUUCAAAACUUAUAAUUCAUCCAUUCCAACAGGUUUUAGAAAACCGGUCGAACUAAUUCUUUUCAGUCGCAAUCAUGAUCUUCCACUAAGCUUGAUCCGGAGAUGUGUUUUCAGAGUACCUUCAUUUAUUUCUGACCUCCAUCGUAUUCAAAUCGGACUUGACUCUCGUUCUGCGAUAUCG